AUGUCCACCUUCAACAUGUCCUCCCUAUCCCGCACCCUCCCAGCCCCCUCCCCCCUCAACCGCCGCGCAGUCCUCCCCUUCACCCCUCACUCCCUCCCCCGUCUUCCUCGCUCUUUGUCUGCCGCUUUAUCCCAACGCUCAAGAGAACUGAGAUUCGAGAGAUGGGUUGAGGAGAGAAAGAGGGGGAUCGAAGAGAGGUGGGGGGUUAGGAGGGGUGUCGUGCUCGUUAAGGAGGAGGAGGAUAGGAAGCGGAGACAUUCGAAGACACUGAACCGGACCUACAAAUCCCGCCCAUCGACUUACUUUAGUCUCGCCCCACCCAAUCCAUCAUCCCCCCUCUCCCACAACCGCCGCCGGCGCGCAAGUGCCAUCAGUGCUGAUCCAAAUGACGCGUCUAACGCUCUGGCAGAGGAGAUCAUGGAGUUUCGGAGGGGGUUUAGGGAGGAGAGGGCCAAGAGAUUUUUGAGGAUGGGGAAGGAGGCGAGGGAGGAGAGGGGGUGGAGGGGGAGGAGGAAGUCUAUGUAGGGAACGUGUGGGAUU